ACUUUGUGACUCGACAGAAAGCGCGCAGAAGCCGCAGAGUUGGUGCCCGCUGCCAGGACGGAGAAUUCCUCAGACUUGUGUCUCAGUUCGCUCGCAACUUAAUUACAGAUUAGUUAAAAGACAAAGUUGUGGCCCGAAGGAAACGCGGCAAUCAGCAUCGAGUGUAAUUUCCUGUCGUGGCGACUUGGAGCUAAAUGUGUAAAGAGAAGAGCAGCGAAGCAGGAGUGAGCAAGGAGUGAGCAAAAAAAAAAAAAAAAAAGUGAUCGGAGACGUGAGCGGAAUAGACGAGGACGGGAGGCUGAGAAGGGGGCCGAGGAGUGAAGUCCGAGGGGGCAGAAAGAAAAAAAAAAACAACAACACCACCAUAACAACAAACUUCUAUAGAACUCCACGGGAAGUCAUCAUAUCCACGGGGAAAUAACAGCAACACAAAGGCACGAUUGAAACGAAGAAAAGGAGACGAGUCCGCUCAGGAGGGCAGGAGGAAGCGCACACGGCAGGGAGACUGGGGGGCGGCGGCGGCUGCGCGAUUUCGUUCGAGUUUGACACCGGAGCUGAACUUUCUCAAGUCACGGCAGCCCAACCGCAGAUCCCCGGCGGAUCUCCGGACAAUGAGAACACCUCGCUACCGCUGAGGGCUCGCGCUUCAACCGCUUGCUAACAGAUGUCUGAAGAGAGGAGAGAUUUGGAAAGCGUACCCGGUGAAGAAGAUGUCCUCAUGGUCCAGACGCCAGAGACCAGCCACUUCUCAGAAGAUGACUGUGGUAGCAGAUUGCUUGCCGAAGUAGAAGCUGGUGAAGAUGCGGGACUGGGGACGUGCAUGUCUGCUGAAAAGAAUAGCCGUACAGGUCUGGCUGCCUUAAGUGAAAAUGUAACAUGUCAGCCUCAAGCUCAGCCGGCCCUGCCUUUAUCUGCACUGGAAAGGUUACCUGAACAUGGCUCUCAAUGGCAGAGUGUUGUGACUCAAGGUCCCCAACAGAACGGCGUCGAGAAUGGUACGGUCCACGGAGGGCCCCGGGUCUUCCCCCAGGUUGUUACGCAGAAGCCUCACAAAAAGCUGCAGUCAAAUCCAUCAAUCAACAGCCACAGCAGCAAGAAAAGCAAAGGCAGCUCGAAAUCCACCAACUCCCAAAUCCCGGCAGAGGUAGAGGGAGACUGCUGCGUCCAUUGCAUCUUGGCCUGCUUGUUCUGUGAGUUCCUCAGCCUGUGCAACAUCAUGUUGGACUGUGCCACCUGUGGCUCCUGCACCUCCUCAGACUCGUGCUUCUGCUGCUGCUGUGCGUCGGAGGAGUGUGGGGACUGCGACAUGCCCUGUGACAUGGACUGUGGCAUCAUCGAUGCCUGCUGCGAGUCUGCUGACUGCCUGGAGAUCUGCAUGGAGUGCUGCGGGCUGUGCUUCUCCUCAUGAAACUUGAGCCUCUCUUAAAUUAGUGGAACUGCAUGUGAGCUCUCUGUGCACUUAAUGAGGGUGGGACCUCGACAGCUUAAUAAGGCGUAUGGGGAGGAACGUGAGAGGAGUCGUGUAUUGAAGAAUGAACAGGAGGUUUCAGAGUGCUGGAAGCAAGUAUCUACAGGGACAAGGUUCAACCAGCCUGACUGUGUUAUUCCCUUCUUUCUUCUGGACAUUUCUUUACAUGUCUUCUUCACCAUUAAAGGUGAAGUGAGAAAACUAAAGAGUUAGCUGAGAUAGCUGCUUUCUGAUUUGACACUGUUAAAAAUAAUUCCACUGCAAUGUCAAUGAGGCCUAUUGAUUUGGUUAUCCUUUAUAACCCCAUUGGCUUGAUACAGGAUUGCAGCUUAAUUUCUUUUUUUAAAUGUAUUAUCUUGCAGGAAACAACUUUUAUUUUAACCAUCUCAAGAUCAUUAUUUACAGCAGUGAUGAUCCUGCUUUAUCCCAAACUACAAUUCACACAGCAGGCCUUCAACUAACAGAUUAUAGACCAUCACCUAAUACACCCUGGCCAUGGCAUGUUUCAUAGCAGCCUUUAAAAGUCCUUACCUAUGGCAUCUUAUUGACAACUGUGAGAUCAUGCUGUACUGAGACAAAUUUGUGUGAGUAACGCAUCAAAGUGGUAGAUUGUGUGCAUGAAACAGUUAAACUCUCCACAUGUAGGAGUGAGUAGUGUACACGAUAUAAGUGUUGCAAAGACAGCAGAUCAUGCCGACAAAAUUAAUCAUUUAAAUUGGUUAAUAAUUAAUGUACGAUAGAUAAUAAAUCAAAAAGUUGAUAAUCAUGCAAAUUAAAUAAGUUGCUAAACUUAAAUAACACAGCAUACAAACGUGAAGGUGAGCCAAUGUCGUAAAGCACAGGAAGAAAAUCCAUUUUUUACAAGAAAUUAGACAUUAGACAUUAGUAACAAAUUGUGCAGUGAAACUACGUUGUGAAAACAAAAUUAUCUAUUUGUGUAGCACAAUAUGUCAUUCCAAUUAGAUAAUAAAUCCUGCAAAUGAGACCAUUUGGGCAGAAGAAGUACUUUGCACCUGAUAUAGUCAUGCACAGAAGAUAAUUAGCUGAAACGAGAUAAAUUAGAUCAAGUUUUCAAAUGAGAUCAAAUGUUCUGUGCCCAAAAUAGUCAAAUAAACAAGAAAACAAGACCUUGCAACUUCAUCUCAGUUGAAAUGAGCAAACAACAUAAGCACAAGUUCAUCAAAUGCCAUUAAUUAUUUGAAUGCACUCAGUUGGGAAAAAAAUCAUACCAGCAGGAUAAGACGUCCCAGGAA